AUGGCGGUUGCGCUCAUGCGACGCCGGCGACAACAACGCGAGCCCGACGAUGCGUUUGACAUGACGGAUGACGAAUUUCGGCGGCAUUUUCGACUCUCGAAGGAAACUGUGCGAUGGUUGUGUGGUCAACUGGCCGAGGAACUGGAAGGGGUGCGAGCGACGCGGCUCUCAGUGGAACAAAAGGUGUUGUGUGCGCUGCGCUUCUUUGCGACCGGGAGCUUCCAAGGUUCCGUCGGGAGCGAGACGACGAUUCACAUGGCGCAAUCGACUGUGAGCGAAUGCGUCAAACGCGUCGCUCAAGCUAUAGUGAAAGUGGGCGCGCAAAAUGGGUGGGUGCGCUUCCCGACGACGACCGAAGAAAAGGCGGCCGUGAAAGAAGGCUUCCUUCGGCUCGGCGCCAUUCCGGGAGUGAUCGGCUGCAUCGACGGCACCCUCAUCGGCAUCAAGGCGCCCAAGGGACCCCUUAACCUCCGACUUGUUUGCCUUUCGUUUUACUGCGCCCGCGCCGGCAUCUUUUGUUGUUUGCUUGCUAACAAUGGGCUUUCGCCGCGCACGCUUUCCCAGAUCUGCGAUGCGGCGAUGCGGAUCCUGGCCAUCGACCCUAUGCGACCGGGGUCAGACCAUGACUCGUUCGUCUGGCAGACGACCUGGCUGCGCCGACGGUUCCUGGCGGGGCGCAUUGCAGAGCCAGGCGAAUACCUGCUUGGUGACAGUGGCUACCCAUUGGAGCCGUGGCUCCUCAUCCCGGUCUCUGGUGAUCCUUCCGAGCACAGUGCCGAAGGCAGGUUCAACGCUGAGCACAUCACCAUGCGCUCCAUUGUGGAGCGGUGCAUUGGCAUGCUUAAAGCCCGCUUCCGGUGCUUGCAGCGUUACCGCACCCUCCACCACGAGCCAGAGCGUGCUGCUGACAUUAUUGCAGCAUGUGCUUCCCUUCAUAAUCUAUGCUUAGGUGAGGGUGCCACUGAGCCGGUUGAUGAGUUUGAAGGCAUUGAAGACUUUUUCAGCAGCAGCAGCAGCAGCACCAGCAGCGAAGAUUCUAACGGGUCCCCCAUCCAACAGGGUUUGACCCGAAACAGGGCCACAAGAAGCUAUUAUUUAAGAGGGCGCGCAGUACGGGACGGUGUCAUUGCGCGCUUUGGCACCACCCGUGCGCAGCACUACGAGUACUUGAGGAGGGUGCGCCGGCGGUUGCGACGCCAACAGCAUCGUUGGUAGAUGCGUAAAGCAGCAGUUGGAGUAGUGUGUAUUUAAGAGAUGUCAAAUAAUUGAUUUACACAUAUUAUUACUGCGUUGAUGUGUGACCUCUUUCAGGCAUGGUACAAGAAUUGUGAUGAAAAGAGAACAUAUGCAUUCUUGCAGAAAAGCCAGUGUAAAACAAAAGUAUGAACAUACACUGCACUGGAGCGUGGUCAUAUCCAUACAACAUUUCAUGUGUUAAGCUUGCUGCUGAGGGUGGGAUAAAAGCUGUGUUGUUUUUUACGCGCCAAUAUUUUGUCUGGCGACUUCUUUUCACAACGGUGUAAUGGGUGAAGCAAUGUGGCUGAAUCGUGUUGCAUAGCAUGCACUGCAAUGUUACUUUUUUUUUACAUUCGAAAGUUUUCAUUGCUUAGUAACGAAAUGUAGCCCCUUUGAUGCUGCUGCUGCUGCUGCUGUCGAGUAUGUGCCAUUGCCCUGUAAUAUCCACUGAAAUGCAACCAUGGUUCUGUCUUUUUUACAUAUGAAAGGUCUCUCGUUUGUCUUGGCAUACGAGCGAUUGUGAUGUAGCUGUUAGAAUUUUUGCUGCUGUGAAUGAGAUGGGGAACAACUUGUUCUGCCUGUAGGUAUG